ACUCUCUUUAGCUCCAUUUCUUCCUUUCUUUUACAAUUUAUCCCGCUUCUUUUUUUUUUUUUUUUUUUCCUCCCCUGGAUUAGGCAGCAAUCAAUCCUUCUCCCUGUGUCUGUUGAGAAACAGGUGAUCCUUGUUAACAGCGAUCAGUUUCUGGAUGCCGUUUCCUCUCCUGCGUUUGAAGGAUGAUGAUACCAGGCAAGACUGAAUCAGCGUAACUUUUACUUUGCAAGAGGAAAAACUUUUUUCCCUAUUUGAAGGCAUUAAAAACACGUAGCGUUUAAAAGCAGAAGUUGGUUUUAAAGCUGAACUUCUCCACUUUCCUGGGAUUUGUGUGUGUCAAUUUCAAAGGCUGCGUCUUUUUUUUUUUUUUUCUUCUUUUCUCCUCCCUUAUCCCCCAAAAGGAAACUGUUGCUAGUUGGAAUAGACUUUUUAAAUGUUUGGGAUUCAAGAUACUUUAGGAAGAGGACCAAUUCUGAAAGAUAAAUCUCUAGGUUCUGAAAUGGAUUCCGUCAGGUCCUGGGUCAGAAACGUUGGGGUUGUGGAUGCAAACGUAGCAGCACAAAGCGGAGUAGCUUUGUCCAGAGCUCACUUUGAAAAGCAGCCACCCUCCAACUUGAGGAAAUCCAAUUUCUUUCACUUUGUUCUGGCUCUCUACGACAGACAGGGGCAGCCCGUGGAAAUAGAGAGGACAGCUUUUGUGGACUUUGUAGAAAAUGAUAAAGAGCAAGGCAAUGAAAAGACGAACAACGGCACGCAUUACAAACUCCAACUCCUUUAUAGCAAUGGUGUCAGGACUGAACAGGAUCUGUAUGUUAGACUCAUCGAUUCAGUCACUAAGCAGCCCAUAACUUACGAAGGACAGAACAAGAAUCCUGAAAUGUGCAGAGUUUUGCUUACCCAUGAAGUCAUGUGCAGUCGGUGCUGUGAGAAGAAAAGUUGCGGCAACAGAAAUGAGACUCCGUCUGACCCCGUGAUCAUUGACAGAUUCUUCUUAAAAUUUUUUCUCAAGUGCAAUCAGAAUUGUUUGAAAACAGCAGGAAACCCAAGAGAUAUGAGACGGUUCCAGGUUGUGCUAUCAACAACAGUGAACGUUGAUGGGCACGUACUGGCAGUGUCUGACAACAUGUUUGUUCACAACAACUCCAAGCAUGGACGGAGAGCAAGGAGACUUGACCCUUCAGAAGCCACACCAUGCAUCAAAGCAAUCAGCCCAAGUGAAGGUUGGACUACAGGGGGAGCAAUGGUGAUCAUUAUUGGAGACAACUUCUUUGAUGGGCUGCAAGUUGUAUUUGGAACCAUGCUUGUAUGGAGUGAGCUUAUCACGCCUCAUGCCAUUCGAGUUCAGACACCUCCACGUCACAUUCCCGGAGUGGUUGAAGUGACAUUAUCAUACAAAUCCAAACAGUUUUGCAAAGGCGCACCAGGCAGGUUUAUUUACACAGCUUUAAAUGAACCUACCAUAGAUUAUGGUUUCCAAAGACUGCAAAAGGUCAUCCCAAGACAUCCUGGUGACCCUGAAAGACUAGCUAAGGAAAUGCUGUUGAAACGAGCUGCUGACCUAGUUGAAGCACUGUACGGAACGCCACAUAACAACCAGGACAUCAUUCUGAAACGAGCCGCAGACAUCGCAGAAGCUCUCUACAGUGUACCAAGGAAUCCCGCACAGAUCCCCGCGCUGUCUAGCUCUCCUGCUCACAGCAGUAUGAUGGGAAUUAACUCCUAUGGUAGCCAGUUAGGAGUCAGCAUUUCAGAGUCAACACAGGGGAACAACCAAGGUUACAUUCGUAAUACAAGCAGCAUCUCACCCCGAGGUUACUCAUCCAGUUCCACACCUCAACAGUCCAAUUACAGCACUUCCAGCAAUAGUAUGAAUGGCUACAGCAACGUCCCCAUGUCAAACCUGGGCGUUCCAGGCUCACCUGGAUUCAUUAACGGCUCUCCAACAGGAUCCCCCUAUGGAUUAAUGUCUUCAAGUCCAACAGUUGGCUCCUCCAGCACUUCUUCCAUCCUUCCAUUCUCCUCUUCCGUCUUUCCUGCUGUCAAACAGAAGAGUGCCUUUGCUCCUGUCAUCAGACCCCAAGGGUCUCCUUCUCCUGCCUGCUCUAGCGGCAAUGGAAAUGGAUUUAGAGCCAUGACUGGUCUUGUCGUUCCCCCGAUGUAAGGGAGAGGCAGCUUUGCUCCUCUCCCUCUUCCCUUUUUUCCUCUUUUUUUUUUCAUUUUUCUUUUACAGCACAAAACUACUUAUUGUGAUGGACCACUAAAAAGAAAAAAAUAGCACUACAAGCUCUUUUUUGGGGGAAAGCCAGGCCCAGGAAAAAAAAGGAACAUUUUUUAUGGAUUGGACGAGAUAGAAGUCUGCAUCUUUUACCUGUUUCAUAUUUCUGACACAACCACGUCAACUCCUAAAACAUUGUGAAUGAAGAAUCAGCCAAGAGCCAGGAUGAACAACGGUUGGCAGAACGGAACCAGAAAUGCAAAGUCUUUCUUGAAAGACAUGAAAUCUUCCUAAGAUUUGUAAAAUAUUAAAAGGAGAAAGAAAUUGGCAAAAUGAUUCAAGCUUGAUAUUUUGGAUACAAUUUGUUUUACUUUGUAGGGGAAAAAAGUUGAAGUUUCUAUUUUCUAUGGAGCCUUUCAGAUAUCGAUUUAGUUUAUGCAGAAAAAAAAUUCAACAAAACAGGGUACCAGCAUGAAAGAAUUUCUAGGACAAACUGACAUGAAUGAUGGAACUUUGGUGUAUGUGUGUAUUUGCUUAUAGUUUAACCUCUUUAAAAAAUGUAAGAUGUUUUACAAUUAUUUAAAUAAAUAAACUUGAAAAUUAUUGUAUGUAGAAGUAGAAAUUAAACCCUUUUUUGGAUUUUUUCCUCCAGUUGUACAAUGAAGAAAAAUGAUGCAAAAAUGUAGUGAUAAGUUUGAGAUAUAUUAUUACUGCUGCAAUUGCUCCUCACUUCUUCCCUCUUACUCAAUUCAUGUGCAAGGAUGUAUAGGAUUCUUUCUGAUUAACGAAAUCAUCAGAAACUUUUACAUACGUUGUGGUAUACAGGUGACUAAUUCAUGUAGGAAUUUUCAUCCUCCUCAUCUUUCCCCCUUCCAUCUUUUGUUUCAAUUAAACUAUUCAGGUACUAAGAUGAACUGGUAAGUUUCAAAGACCCUGCUGGCAAAUGAGCGGCACUUAGGGAUUUGAACAAAUCAGAUUUUUCAUAAGGUACUGAGUUUAUUUUCUAGAUUCAAUGUAUGAAUUCGGAGGGAAAGGGUUCUCUAACAUACUGUUUUUCCAUGUAGUUAGAACACCUUAAGUUCAGUUAUACUUCAUAUUAAGGGUGCAUUUAUAAAGGGUAAAUAUGUAUUUGAAUAAUUUAUGCACUUUUAUCCUGAGUCAUUAAAAAUGGUAAGUAUUUUCCAUUUAUAUAUUGAAGUUCAUAGAAGUAAUCAAUUGCUUUGAAUUUUUCUGCAUUUUAGCAUAAAAAAAAGUUUAGUUCUCCUUUGCAUCUCCUCUCCUGAAAUUGGAAGGUGAGAACAAGUCUGAUAAAAAAAAUCACUAGUUAUCUGACUACACCAGAGAGCACUCAAAAGAACGUGAUUGUUGAAAAGCCAUUUUUAGAGAAAAAAAAUCAGCUACACUACUUACACCCCACUAAAAUACACACGAUUCAUAGCUGCACGAACAGUUGUUCCUAUGACAACAUCUUUAUGUUAAUAAAUAAACCCUUAAUAUACAGCCCCUGAAACUGUACUUGUCCAUUUGCCCAGUAGUUUUAUCGAUGGGUAAGUAAAAUAGUGUUCUUGGUGAUCCUUAUAUAUGGUAGAAGACGUUCAGUUCAGCACUAGACUCAGGAUGGUGAACAACUGUGACGGCUUGCAUGGCUGAGGCAAUUUGGAGCUUAAUUGGAGCUAUU